AUGAGGCUUUCGCAAUUAACAUUCAUCACCUCACUUCUGCUACCCUCAACCAUCGCAACUCCCACUCCCGAAAAUGCGGCGCCAGAACAGCCAGUCGACACGAAAUACUUCCACGAACCUGGGGCGGGCGAUGAUAUGGGACAUUACGACAUUCGAUAUUACGCCGGCCAGCCAGUAACUUACGAAGAACGCGGGGAUACCUUACAUCAUCUCAUUCGCUCAUACCUUACAGUCUUCCGAGAGAAGAAUGUCGAAACCUGGAUUGCGCAUGGAACUUUACUAGGCUGGUGGUGGAAUGGAAAGAUUAUGCCAUGGGAUUGGGAUUUGGACACCCAGGUUUCUUCGUCGACAUUGACUUGGAUGGGCGAACAUAUGAAUAUGACCUUCCACAAUUACACUGGGACUGGUUCAGAUGGGCUAGAGGUCCACCGUGAAUUUCUUCUCGACGUCAACCCAAACUCUCGGGAUCGACUGCGGGGUGAUGGACAAAAUGUCAUUGAUGCUAGAUGGAUCGAUACACGAAAUGGCCUUUUUAUUGAUAUUACCGGUCUUGCAGAGACGGAUCCAAGCAUGCAACCUGGUAUUUGGAGUUGUAAGAACUUCCACCGAUACCGAACAAGAGAUAUAUACCCACUUAGAGAGACGGAGUUUGAAGGUGUACCGGCUUUGAUUCCUUAUUCAUUCGAUAGAAUCCUCACCGAGGAAUACAGCGCUAGAGCAUUAACCAAGACAGAACAUGAAGGACACCAAUGGAUCCCAACCCAAAAAGAAUGGGUCAAGAAAGAAUGGAAUUCCCAAGAACCACUCAACCCUAACCAAGGCGCCCAUGUCCCUAGAUCGCUCGACGGAGAAAACAAACCAAAAGCAGGCUUAGGCAACCUGUUGAAAAUCUUCUAA